AUGGGUCGCGUCCGCACCAAGACCGUCAAGAAGUCCGCCAAGGUCAUCAUUGAGCGGUACUAUCCCAAGCUGACGCUUGACUUCGAGACCAACAAGCGCAUCUGCGAUGAGAUUGCCAUUAUUGCCUCGAAGCGCCUGCGCAACAAGAUUGCCGGCUACACCACGCAUCUGAUGAAGCGCAUUCAGCGAGGGCCCGUCCGAGGCAUCUCCUUCAAGCUGCAAGAGGAGGAGCGUGAGCGCAAGGAUCAAUACGUCCCCGAGGUCUCCGCCCUGGACUUCACCCAGAACUCCGAGAGCGGCCAGCUCGAUGUCGACGGCGAGACCAAGGAUCUGCUCAAGCAUCUCGGUUUCGACUCCAUCCCCGUCAAUGUCGUCGCCGUCACGCAGGCCCAGAUCCCCGAGCGUGGUGGCCGGAGGUUCGGCGACCGUCGUCGCGACUAA